GUCCAGAAUGUUCAGGAAAACGGUAAAAGGGAGUGGCGAUAAAAGCGCAUCCAUAGACAUUUCCCGCGCCAACAGCCUAACCGAUGACCUGGAUGACAUGAGUGAGGAUAUACCCUUGCCUGUGGUCACCAACAAGAACCAGUUAUCCCAUGCCCAGAGGUCUGCUGUAAAGGUCCUGCGCAGAAUGCAGUACUUCGUGGCCAGGAGGAAAUUUCAGCAAGCCCGGAAGCCCUAUGAUGUGCGAGACGUGAUCGAGCAGUAUUCCCAGGGUCACCUAAACAUGAUGGUUCGCAUCAAAGAGCUACAACGAAGGCUGGAUGGCACCCUUGGGAAGCCAGGAAUGUUUCUGCCAGGAAAGGGAGAAGAUAAAGAAUACCCAACAAUUGGGGCACGCAUGAUCAGGCUAGAAGAUAAGAUCCGCCAGAUGGACCGGAAAAUGGACUCGAUCCUGCAGAUUCUGACGGAGCAGUUCCCGCCCAAGCCGGAUCUGACGUCAAAACCGUCCAUCCGUAGGGUGACCAUCCAGAAGCGCAUGGGUGCCAGCAUCGACGAGGUUCCCUGAGCAAGCUGAGACAUCCAGGCCUGGCGGAGGAUAAUUAAAACACUAGGACUUCAAAUUAAGAGCCCAGAGCCCUCGGGGGAGUCUAAAUUCUAAAACACGAAGAGUCUUAGUAUUGCAGAAUAUCCUUUUUUUCUUCCAUGGACUUUAGACACGUAAGGGAAAGAAAUGACAAAAUUUCAACUUUUUAUGCUAAUCUUUGAUAUGAGGGCAAAACAGCCUCUGUCAGAUAAAUGAGCCUAACUGACCUCAUUCUCUGAACUACUGAUGGCUCCUUGUGGGUCUUUUUUUUUUUUUAUCUCAAUGUUACUUUUGUCUUCUGCACUGUUAGUCUGCAGCCCCCAGUCUUUCAGGCAACAACAUGUUCUAAAAAUUUAUUUCACCACAUUAGCCUCAUAAUCACACUUCUCCAUGAUGUUGAUUUACGUGUGGCCUGUCACUGAGCAGCAUUCCUCCAUUCUAAAUAUUAUUCCAAAGCUAACUAACCCCUUUAAUGAAGCCAUAAUGCAAUGGAAGCGCUCAGGUUUCUCAAUAACAUUCGGAGAAAAAAAAAAGAAAAAAGCUGUAAAUCCACCCCAUCCAAGGCAUUCCUCAAAUCCAUCUGAUUAUCUUGGCUCAACCAGCACCUACACAACAGGGUUAGCUCCACGGACACAUAUAAAUCCAGCCUGACUGUACUUAGAUAGUGAUGGGUGUUUGUUUGUAGUAACUGAAUAACAUGAGGAGUAAAAAAGGGACGACUGUCUGCUGGUUUUGUCCUGCUCUGAAUUAAAAAGAACGGGCAGAACUGACAAAAUUAGACUGCUCAUGUGGCCCUGAUUUGCUGCAACAGGAAUUAAACCAUACCCUAAGUCAUGUAAAAGGGAUGAUUUGGAUUUUCUUGAAGUGAGGUUCUGUUAAGUUACACUACUAAGUGUAAUAGUUCCUUAGAUGUAGAAAAAGGUCAUAUGGAAAAGGGUUUAUUGAUUCUGUAGAAGUCCUGAAAAGCGGUGGAGAGUUAACAAGUUUGUCGGACGGAUCCACCAAUUUAGCUGCUUUUAACAACUCAAAACACCUCAAACUGAAAGCAUUCCUUUCUCCUGCCCCAAUGCUACUGUAUUUUACACACUGUUAUUUCACAAGAGACUGCUGUUAGGUUUGUUAUUUUUCUGCCGAAAAGUGUCUGAAUUACAAUGAUGUUACACCGCUUGAGGCUGCUUGCUGUAUUAUCCUGCUCAGUCCACUAAUCAUGAGUCCAGCUGGCUAACUCACAAACUCACAGGACAGCCUACCUCGAAAUCUAAACGUUGAUUUCCCUCUUGGUGGACCCAUUUGUUUAGGCUAAUGAGGAAAAUUGAUACGGUUAGCAGCGUCAACCAGUAUCAUUUUAACAUAGUAACACAGGUGUUCUUAACUUAGCACGCUGGGACAAACAACAAACAACUGUGGACCAUUAAUAUUCCUAAUUGUGGCGUUGUUUUAUGAAUAUAAAUAUUUUUGGUUUAAGUUGUUAAAAUCAGCUGAAAAUUAGAGUGCUUCCAGCUGUUAAGGCUGUUCCAUACUCCACAAGAAGUGAGAAAUUUGUUCUCG